AUGUCCAACGGGACCACCCACUCUUACCGAGGCGAUGACCGCUCUUUUACCAGGGAAUACGCCCAAUCUUUGGAUGCUCAAGACGCGCUUCGCACCUUCAGAGACGAGUUCAUUAUCCCGUCGAAAGCAGACCUGAAGAGAGAGACGCUCGCCAUCCCGGAAGGAGAGAGCCCGUCUGAGGACUGCAUAUAUCUCUGUGGAAACUCUUUGGGUAUCCAGCCCAAGAACACUCGCACCUACGUUGACCGUCUUCUACAGACAUGGGCAACCAAGGGCGUUCUUGGGCAUUUUGUGAGACUCGAGGACUCGCCUUUCCCACCGUAUAUGGAGUUCGAUGAUACUGCGGCUAAACUUAUGGCUGAUGUCGUUGGCGCACUUCCAAGCGAAGUCGCUGUCAUGAACACUCUGACGGGAAACCUGCAUCUGCUUAUGGCUAGCUUUUACCGACCUACCAAAGAGAAGUAUAAGAUUAUUAUUGAGGGAAAGGCCUUUCCUAGCGAUCAUUAUGCGGUGGAGUCCCAAGUUCAGCUACAUGGCUUUGAUCCGAGGGAUGCCAUGGUGCUCAUUGAACCAGAUGAUCCGAAACUCCCGUUUCUUCCAACUGAGAAAAUAUUAAAGAUCAUCGAUGAGCAUGCUUCUAGCACUGCCCUUAUCUUACUCCCGGGUAUUCAGUACUAUAGCGGUCAAUAUCUUGAUAUCCCAACAAUCACGGCCCACGCCCACUCUAAAGGGCUUAUUAUUGGGUGGGAUUGUGCGCACGCUGCUGGAAAUGUAGAACUCAAGCUUCAUGAAUGGGAUGUGGAUUUCGGAGCUUGGUGCACAUAUAAAUACAUGAAUUCUGGACCUGGUUCUAUGGGAGCAUUGUUUGUGCAUGAAAAGCAUGGUAAGGUUGAUAUGAAAAACCAGGAAAAUCCCUACAGACAUCGUCUGUCAGGAUGGUGGGGUGGAGAUAAGGGACUUAGAUUCCUUAUGGAAAACAACUUUGUUCCUCGUUCGGGUGCCGGUGGAUUCCAGAUCUCGAAUCCUUCUGUGUUGGACAUGAGUGCUGUCUUGGCUUCACUAGAUCUCUUCGAUAGAGCUACUAUGUGCGCUCUCCGAAAGAAGUCACUGGCGCUUACUGCAUAUCUCGAGCACUUGCUGCUCAAUUCUCCCGACGAUGUUCGCCCCACUGACGAACCAUUCACGAUCAUUACCCCGCUGGAUCCUAGCGCACGAGGUGCUCAGCUCAGCGUGCUAUUGAAACCGGGACUUCUUGACACCGUAUUUGCUCAUUUACUUGACAACGGUGUUAUUCUUGAUGAAAGGAAGCCGGAUGUGAUCCGUGUCGCACCCGCUCCAUUGUACAACACCUUCACCGAUGUGUGGGAUUUUGUUCACAUAUUCUUUGAUGCCUGCCGCAAGGCUGCGUGA